GAAGCCUUGUGCUACGACUACGAGUGGUUAGUAAUGCGCUCGUUAUCAUCUCCAGUCCGCAGCCCCUCUAACCUCCUCCAACUUUGCAACGAGAACGAAGAGGCAAUGGCCACUGCCGGCGCCGUCAUCCCCGCCGCAUCCACCAUAACCUACCGCACGAGAACUUCCGCCACAUGCGCCUCAGCCGGCCCUCUUUCCUCCUUUUCCUCCUCCCCCUCUCGUCAUCAUCGCCUCCCUCGCCCGUUCCGUCUCCGGUCCGGGAAUCCUUCGUGGAAAAGAAGCCCUAAGUCUAGGGACUUACGGUUGGUUUGUUACGCCGCCAAACAGCCGCUCAAGGUGAUGAUAUCGGGGGCUCCUGCCUCCGGAAAAGGAACUCAGUGUGAGAUGAUUGUGAAGAAGUAUGGGUUGGUGCACAUCUCAACCGGAGAUCUUCUGCGAUCAGAAGUUGCUGCAGAGACAGAGAUUGGAAAGAAGGCAAAAGAAUUCAUGGAUAAUGGGAUGCUUGUACCAGAUGAAAUAGUUACAAAUAUGGUUUUAUCACGGCUGUCACAAAAUGAUGUGAGAGAGAAAGGAUGGCUUCUUGAUGGGUAUCCGAGGAGUUCAUCGCAAGCAGAGAGCCUUGAGGGGGUGAAACUAAGACCUGAUGUGUUCAUUCUCCUAGAUGUUCCUGAUGAAAUUCUAAUCGACAGAUGCAUCGGAAGAAGGCUGGACCCAGUUACUAGAAAGAUUUAUCAUCUUAAGAACUUCCCUCCUGAGACGGAAGAAAUUUCUGCACGGAUAAUAACUCGAACUGAUGAUAGUGAGGAAAAGGUCAAAUCACGUCUUGAGACAUAUAAGAGGAAUUGUGACUCCAUUUUGCCGAUAUACAAGGACUUGUUGAAGAAGGUCAAUGGAAAUCGUCCAAAAGAGAAUGUGUUUGCCGACAUUGACUCUCUGUUGCAGCAGAUUAGUGAUGAUUUUGCAAAGACCAAAUACUUGGAGGUAAUUGAUGGAAACUCAAAGAGCACUCUGAAAUUCUCUUCAUCAAGCAAGGAAGAAUGGAGAGGUAUUCCUACUAGACUGAAUAAUGUUCCUCAUUCCAAAGAGAUACGGACAUAUUUCUAUGUUGAUGUGCUACAUGCUACUCAAAAUGCUAUCAAUGAUAAAAGAAGAAGAGUGAAGGUAGAGAUCAACAUUCCCGAGCUUAACCCAGAAAUGGAUGUUUACAGAAUUGGAACUCUUAUGGAACUUGUACGAACUCUUGCUCUUUCAUUUGCUGACGAUGGAAAGUGCGUAAAAGUUUGUGUUCAAGGAUCAAUGGGUGAAGGUGCACUUUCUGGAAUGCCAUUACAGCUUGCUGGAACCCGAAAGAUUCUUGAAUUUAUGGAUUGGGGUGAAUAUGGUGCUCUAGGAACCUUUGUUAAAAUUGGAUCAAUAGGUCCUAAAGAGGUUGAAGAACAAGAUGAUAUAUUUAUUCUUGUAGCUCCACAAAAUGCUGUUGGAAACUGUAUAAUUGAUGACAUGAAAGCUAUGACAGAUGCCGCCGGUGAACGUCCUGUGAUUCUUAUCAAUCCCCGCCUUAAGGAUUUGCCCGCAUCAAGUGGCAUAAUGCAAACAAUGGGGAGAGCAGAGAGAUUAGAAUAUGCUGCAUCAUUCGAGAAUUGCUACUCCUUUCGGCUGCUGUAUUAUUCUGGAACACAGUAUCCUAUCAUGGGCGCUUUAAGGAUGUCUUACCCACAGGGUUAUGAACUUUACAAGAGGAUCGAUGAAUCACUGAAAAAAGAAAAGUAUGUUCUUAUAGCAACAUUUCCUAAAAAGCCAACUGGCGAGGAGAUCAACGACGCUUUUGAAGGAAAGCCAAGAAAUAGAGAGAAAAGAGCUGCUGGAGUCUGGGGCUUCUUGAGUAGCAUACUGAGCUAGAGAAUAUUGAGCAAACAACAGAAUGUGAUUUACAAUUUAGGUAUUGUACUGAUAUGUAAUCAUAUCCCUCUGGUGGCCAAUUUCUCCAGGUACAGUCCUCUUUUGUUUGCCGAUAUAUUGAGGUGGAAUUGAAUUGGAAAACCAAAGGAAAGCAGUUCUAUCCAAUGUCUGUUCAUGAUCUGGAGAAUGAUUGAAAUUUCAAUCCUCUUUUUGUUGUC